AUGUCCGGGGAAAAGAUCUACGAGGGCGUCUUUGCCGUUCAUAAGCCGCAGGGUGUCACCUCGGCCGACGUGAUUCGAAAACUCCAGCACCACUUCAACCCGUCUGAACUCUUCAGGCCAUGGCUCGAAACGGAGCGCGCAAAGCGCAACCGCGAAAGCAACUUCCAGCGUAGACGCCGCCGCUCUCAGCGCCUCGAUGUUAAGAUUGGGCAUGGUGGAACGCUCGACCCUCUUGCAACUGGAGUCCUCGUCACCGGUGUCGGGAAGGGUACAAAAUUCCUCAAUGAUUUCUUAGGAUGCACAAAGACGUACGAGACGGUUGUAAUCUUCGGCGCAGAGACGGACUCGUAUGACCGGUUGGGGAAGAUUGUUCGGCGAGCACCCUAUGAGCAUAUUACUCGCGAAGCGGUCGAGAAAGCACUUGAGCAGUUCCGUGGGAAGAUUAUGCAGCGCCCGCCUAUUUUCUCUGCGCUCAAGGUACAGGGGAAGAAACUGUACGAAUAUGCUAGGGAAGGUAAAGAGCCGCCGAUUGAGAUCCAGUCUAGGCCCGUUGAGGUUACUGAUUUAAGAAUCGUGGAGUGGUAUGAGCCCGGGACGCAUGAGUAUACGUGGCCUGAGGAGGAGGCUCCCGCGGAUGAGAGGGCUGUUGCGGAAAAGUUGUUGGCGAAGGAUGAUUCCCUUCCUAUUGUUCCGGCCGCAGAUGAUGCUGAUGGUUCUUCGAAACGCAAAUCGCCUCCGGCAGAGGGAUCCGAAGGCAACGAAACGACUGCUUCAAAUGCUGCAGCGAAGAAGCAGAAGGUGUCCGCUGAAGGCGAGGCAGCAUCGGCUCCCGAGCAGACCAAAGCCCCAGAAGCUGUGGAGGAAGCUACCACAAAGACGAAACCUGAAUCUGCAGAAGAAAUGAAACCCCUAGCACCGCCACCUGCAGUCAAAAUUACCAUGACUGUCUCCUCUGGUUUCUACGUCCGCUCUUUGGCGCAUGAUCUAGGCAAGGCUUUGGGUAGCUGUGGUCUCAUGAGCGCGCUCGUCCGAUCCCGUCAAGCAGACUACACCCUGGAGCCAGAUAAAAUUUUGGAGUACAAGGACCUCGACGCCGGAGAAGAGGUCUGGGGUCCCAAAGUCAAGGGCUUCCUUGAAGAAUGGGAGAGAAAGAGAGCUGCAGAAAAACGCUCAAAUUAG